CGGUAUUAACAGCAAACAACCAAUGUUUGGGCAGUCUUUCCUGUCAGUCGCUUUUAUUUGAGAAAUGUUGUAAUGCUUUUUAAUUUACAACCCAACGCCUUCAUGAACAGCCUUAAAAUCUCUUCUCGCUUUCCCUAAAUUAUUGUGGCGAUAAAACAAAAACAAAAAAACACUUGUUUCCGACUUCUGACCUUGGCUCCAGCCUAGCUUGAUACUAUCCGCCUAGUUUCAGUCCUAACUUUAUUUAUUUGUAUUGUUUUCUGCAGGGAAAAUGGAAGAUGAAGCCUACACGGACAUUUAUGGCAAACCAAUAUCUCUGGAUUGUCAAAACCACUGCAGCAUUUGCAGAGAGUUUACUAUCAGCUCGUCCAAAAUGUCCAUCGGCAAGGUGAUGGUGUACACUUGCUCCGUUUGGCUGGCUGCCUAUGCGGUGUUCUUCUUCACAGAGAACACAGCCGUGCUCACCGGCGCCAUUCUGCUCACUCUAUUGGGAAUGAUGCUGCACAUCCACUUGGUGAAGGUGGACCACGAAUCGGUGCUCAUCAUUGGCUCGGUGGGCAUCCAAGUAUCCUCCAGCUACGCGUCGGGCCGGGAGACGAGCACUUUUAUUGAGAUGAGUCAAGUCAAGGAUGUGGUCAUCAACGAAGCCAUUUACAUGCAUCAGGUCAUCUACUACCUUUCCAUACUGCUGAAGAACCCCUCCGAUUCCGACGGCGUGUCAAGCGUGGUGCCGUUGUUUCAGAGCUCAAAACCAAGGCUCAACUGCUUGACUCAAGUGUACAAAAGCUGUCAGGAGGUUCUGUCAAAGUGCUGACAGACAGCUCACCCACACCCAGGCCAGAACCUACUAUAAUAUUUACUAAUGUAAUAGUAAUAGUAAGUGUAUAAAUGUACCUGUGCCCUUAUAAUGUGCUAAAUCUUGACAUACCAAAUGAUAAAAUGACCAUAAAUGAUGUCAAAAUGAAAUGUAGUGUUAUAUUUUUAACCAAAUUUUUCAAAACUCCUGUUACUUUCAAUAUUUACACAUGAAAUAUUUGGUAAUAAAUCUGAAAGAACAUUUUGCGACCAUGUUUUCUUAUUACUAACCUGAAUUGGUUUACAUCGAUUCUGGCAGCAGAGGGCAGCAUUGCACCACAAACUAAACGCAGUGAGUAAAUUCUGUUUAAAGCAGCAAUAAUCACGCUUUCAAACCAUGCUAACACAACUUUAUCAAAAUGUUAUAUUAUAUUUACCAGCGUUUUAAGUGUUAAGGUCCACUCACCACUCUUACCUUGUGUUUUCUCCCCCCCACCAUCUGUGGCCAUUUUAACCCUGACAAAACAAGCAACAGGGUGUGAUUUUUUUUUUUUUAGCGCCAAAGCAUAUUACAGCCCCCAUGAAGAGCGAGCGACCCCUGACAGCCUAAUGGUGCCCCCCUGGGAGGUGCGAAACAGCCGGGAACAAGGCCGGACCUCGAGGCUACCAUCUUACGGUGACAACCCUAAUAGUAAAUGAUAGGGCAUGUCGAUGUGGACUCUUUCAGCCCUAUCCGUCGUAGUCUUUCGUAUUGCCUCACUCUCGUGCCGCCUGUAAAUGUAUACAGCCGCACUGUUGACACAACACAAUCCCUUUGUAAGGUGUUAAGUGUCAUCAUCGCUAUUGUUGCUGGAGUUUUGAAUUCAAAUGGGUCCGCUCUUUAACGGUCCAUGCGGGCAGGUGUAACUCGCUGUCAGUUUGGAUUUGAAUCCGAAAGUGGACCGAGCGUGCGGCCCAUUGGGGUGGCACGGUCCAACCGGUUCUGACACGAGACUGCUGGUUUUGUCGGGACGUACAAAGAUGAGAUGGUUGAGUGACACUCACGGGCCACUAUAUUAGGUCUGCAUGAGAUCCAAGAUCUGGAACUAUCAAGUCAGACUAAGUGGAAAAACGUUGCCGACCGGAUGACGUGGGGGGGCGGGGGGGACGGCGCACCCUCACAGUGUCACCUGCGAGACGUGGGGAAAGCGAGACGCCUUUCGUCAGACACGCUGGCAGCCGAUAAGAUGCAAGGAGACGAACCGGUUCCGCUUGAAGAAGCUGCUGACGUCACGUCUUAAGGCAGGCCUGAAGUCAUACGCCGCACACGUUCUUUCCACUCUAAUUAGAUGAUGAGUGAGGGCGAAACUGGCCGGCCGCCAGAGGACGACUCGGUUGAUGACUCCUGGAAAACCCUGGGAAAAGAACCAACUGAAAAAAAUACAUGACUAACCCAUGAGAAGGUGAGUUGAGUUUCUGGGAACUUAAAUCUGGUCCGGCAACAACAAGGCCCUCUCGCUUGUUCGAAGGCAUCAUUCAAAAAACGACACUUUAUUUCCCUUUUGAUGUUUGGCUUUGAACAGAAAACCAUAAAACGGCUCAUAAAUAAGGGAAGAGCGGUCUGACGGCUGAUUUUGACCUACUGAGCUUUUGUUUGCAGAAUCCACAUUUCAAAGCGUCUUCCGCUCAAAACGGUUUGAUGCCGAGUACAGUUAAGUCCUCAAUGUCCAAAAUGGAUAGAGGAAGGCAUUUUUUUUUUUUUAAGGGCCCGCCCGUUCAAAGACAGCAGCCGACCGAGCGAUGGAUGCUCGGCUCUAAUAGCAAACAGACGGCUGACGUCUUGUUGUUUUCCCCCCAGUUCGACCUGUUCCCAAAACUGAUGAGGUCACAGUCUGACGAGUAGAUAGAGGCCGUCCAACUUGUGUGAAUGGAUUAUCAUCAAUGGGCUUUUUCGUGGAUCCUCACCUUGAGACUCGAGUGACACAAUCAGUAAAAGAGAUCCCAGCAUGGAGCGGUCACGCAUUAGAAUGGCUCGGACCCUCACUGAGGGGGGAUCUCAGGUUAAUUAUCACAUGCUUGGGGAGGGGGGCAGGUAAGGUGGCUUUGGUGGCCCCCCGUGGAGAGUGGAAAUCACAGCCUGCUGUCCCCCUCCAGAAAAAAAAAAAAAAAAGUAGGAUGUCGAUGUAAAGCGACUUGUCCUGGCUGGGUCUAAAAAUAUCCAUAACACAGAGGCUGUAAUUUGCGCUUCAUUUAUUUGUGUCACGUCGCUCUGACGUGUAAAUAAAAAGACGCCAGGGUUGGAGGAGAGUGAGACACGCUAGCACAUAAGUGAUACAAAAAAAAGAAAAAAGAUGGCAUUGACAGUUGUUUGAACAAACAGAAUUCAUUCACAUCACUUCCGCAGGAAGCAUAAUACAAUGUGUUUGGUUAUGAUUAGACUGGAGUGCAAAAUAUGGCUCGCCAACCCAGAAAAAAAAAAAAAAAUCUUGCAAAGUAGAGUUUAGAGAAAA